AUGAGGCUAGCCCAGCCGGACAUGGUAUCUGCAGCCCCUACUGAAGUGGACAGACUGGUUUGGCCACUAGUAGAUGGAGCAGACAAGAGUCCACUAGAGGUCCUCAGCACAACAAAGCCACUUCUACGACUGCAGAGGACACAGAAAGUGUGGCAGGUCCCAGAGCUGGAUGCUCAGCACGCCAAGGCCUUUCUGGAGCUGUGGCCACUGGGGAGCUUCCUGGUCAUCGGACAUGACCCUGGCCAGGUCCUGAUGUUGAAGACAGGACCUCUGUCAGGAGAUAUCAACACCUAUCAAAUUCAGAAGUUUCCUGGAGGCGUGUCCCUGGAAUCCUCCAACCUCUGCAUGCCCGACUUCCCCCAUCUCCUGGCCUUUCUGUCAUCCAGCAGGGACGUUUUGCCAAGGACUCUGCUCUUGCCCACGCCUACUGUGGGGCCUGGAGAUAAGCACUCAGAUCCUUGUCAACUUGGCUGCAUCCAGGUGGACACCUCAGGGAGAGUUCUGUCUGUAGUGAACCAGCUCUACCUGGAGACUCAUGGAGGCUGGGGACCAGAGACUCCACAGCAAAGAGAGCCAGAGACUGGCCAGAAAUACAGUCUAGCCCCCAGGAAGCCCACCCCACACCGGGUCUCCUGGGUGGAAGACCCUCUGAAACCGGAAGCUCACCAUACUGGACAGGAAGUGCAUCAUCCAGAAAGACAAGUGCAUUAUCCUGGACCAGAAGCUCACUCACUUGGGCCGGAAGUGCACUUUCCUAGUCCUGCUCUAGAAGAGAAGGAGGAAGUGAACAAUGACAGCUACAAAGAUGAAGAGGAAGGCUGCGAGGAUAUGCUCACUGCCCACAUCCGUGCUCUGGCCAGGACCCGGAGCAACUAUGUGGCCAGGCAGUACCGAUGCCUUCAGGCACGCCUCAUCUCAGAUUCUGGAAAUCCCUCCAGCCCAGGGGACCCUGCCACAGAGCUACUUCAGGAUGUGCGCCAGCUUCUCACUGACCUCCAGAAUUACCUGGCAAAAGACCCCGACAUCAGAGCUGUCUUUGGGAACAGGGGACCUAGCAUCCCUCGGGACAAAGAUCUCGGCCCCGCUGUGGAGGUGGCCCUGUGUCGAGCGGUUCUAGAGCCCCUGAAGCCUGCCCUGUGGACCAAACUCCGAACUCUCAGAGCCCAGGAACUGCGGCGACUGCGUCGGCGCCAAAUUGCCUUAAGGGUAGGAGCGGGGCCCGAGGGACAGAGCCCGGCCUUGCGGAACCGUAUCCACGCGCGCCUUGCUCACCUGCACGCAGCGUGCGCCCCGCGCCACAAGGUGGCGCUGCUGCUGGCGGUGUGCAGCGACGUCUAUGCAGGUCUGGCCAGCGAUGAGAAUAAAGAGCCCUUGGGGGCUGACGACUUUUUACCUGCCCUGACUGAGGAGCUGAUCUGGAGUCCACACAUUGGAGAAACACAGCUGGAUGUAGAGUUUCUUAUGGAGCUCUUGGAUCCAGGGGAGUUGCAAGGAGAAGCUGGCUAUUAUAUUACCACGUGGUUUGGGGCUCUCUACCACAUAGCUCACUACCAGCCGGACACAGACCGUGCACCCCAGGGGCUCAGCUCCGAGGCCCGGGCCUCCCUGCGCCAGUGGCACCGAAGACGAACACUGCACCAGCAAGCCCAGCCCAUAGCCCAGGCCAACCAGCCCUUUGAGGAGCCAUGGGCAAUAGGGGGCCUAUGAUGAUUAGAGUUCUGAAACCCCAGUCACGUCUGAACCUUUGGACCCACUCCCUCUGCUAAGCAAGACUCUGUUGGCAUCUGGGUCAGCACAGAGGGUGGGACAAGAAAAGAGGCGUGCCUUUUGCACUAGCUGUUCCUACUUCCUCCCAUCCUUCCCCUCCUUCUGGUCUGUCCAGAUGUUACCUCAGUGAGGCUCUCCCCAGCAAACACAACUCAUGCCCAAAGAGUACUCCAGCUACAACCCUCUCACCUGAAUCUCUUUGGGGCAGGUAGAAUAAAGGCACAGUCCCCAAAAGGUGUCUACAUC